AUGGAUAUAAAAGACAUUAUAAAAUGGUUCAUACCAUGUUUUCAUUUACUAUUGCGUUUCGCUAGAAUGGAUGUGCGUUUGACUUUCGUUUGUUUAUUUUUAUUUUUUUCGUGUCCCAGUUACGCGGGAAAAGUGAACAGUGCAAAAGAUGUAGGUUUUAGUGAUAAACAUUAUAAACAAUUAAAUAUUUUUAGUGAUUAUUAUAAUUAUAGCCAAAGCAAAGUUCCUUUAAGUGAAGAAAUGUCUAGUUUGGAAGGAGAUACCUCGAUGGGUCGUACCUUCGGACGUCCUUUCAAGAAGAUGAUCCAAGCGUUCAUACCACUCGCAUUUCAAAUGGGCGCGGCAUCCACUUGGGCUGUCGUAGCCGCUCUUGUGGGUGUCAAGACAUUAGCCAUAACAUUGCUUAUUCUCAAACUCUUGUUAAUAGCUGGAGCUGCUAAAAUUGGAGCGCUGUUUGGUGCAGCUAAAGGUCAUCAUGGCGGAUGGGAGCAACCUCACCAGAAAGAAAUUCAUCUGCACAUACACGGACAACAUGGUGAAGAACAUAUUCCUAUAUCGUCAUGGAAUCGGGAGGGUCAAAGUUCGGAUCCGAAGAAUGUAAACGUGGUGUAUGAGCCAUAUGGCGGACCACAGACUAUCAGUACACCGUACGGACAUUAUAUGAAGAUUGAACCAGCUAAUCAAUAA